AUGGGACAAUAUGGAAGGAGACAGGAACCCCGUGAUUCCUUUUACUGCAUUAACUACAAAUCAGCACUCCAUAAUGCACCUCAAUUUUUUAGUUUUUCUUUGAUAGAAAGCAAUGGAGCCCUCGUUAGUAUUUUUCAACUCGUCCAACCUCCGGCUGGUGAAUCCCACUUUAAUGGAGAAUCCAAUCAACUGAGUGAUGCAUUUUCAGAUAGCUCGUCUAUUAGUGAAGAUUCAUUGAGAAGAUAUGUGUUUCAUGCCAGUGAGAACUGCAUUCAGGAAUUACUUUCAGCUUCAGAUUCCGAUAGAUCAGUUGAGAGUAGUAAUGUAAAUGAUGGCUGGAAAAUACUUGCUAUUGACAAUGGCAUGGAGAUAUCGAAACGCCGGUCUGGUUCACUUCAUACUUUUCGCAGCCGAUGGUUGCUCAAAUCUGUCUCGGCCCAGCAAUUUAUUACUGUCGCCAAUGCCAUCGAUGCUGCAAAGCAAUGGGACCCUGAUUUAGUAGAAGCCAGGUACAUAAAAGACCUUGAAGAAAAUCUGAGUAUCAUCCGCCUGCGGUUCGGAGAUAAAUCCAAGCCUUUAUUCAGAAACCGAGAAUUUAUUGUCUACGAGCGACGUGAGACCAUGGACGAUGGAACUCUGGUAGUUGCAGUAGCUUCUCUUCCGAAAGAGAUAGCCGAUGGUUUACACCCAAAGCAAAAUAACGCCAUAAGAGGCUUGUUAUUACAGUCGGGAUGGGUCGUAGAGAAGCUUGAAGAUGGUUCUUGCAUGGUCACUUACAUUGUCCAGCUUGAUCCAGCAGGAUGGCUGCCCAAAUGCUUCGUGAAUCGUUUCAAUACAAAACUGGUUAUGAUAAUUGAGAAUCUGAAAAAUCAAGUUCUUGCUUGUUCUACUAAUGGAGAUGCAUAAUUAUUACAUUGUAUAAAGGAAUCAAAAAGUUGAAUGAUAGUUUACGAGGAAGAUAUUAUAUAUAAUUAUUUGCUAUCA